AUGGCGAAAGUGGCGUCGUCAGGAGCGGAAGACGCUCUGGCCAGCGUCGACGGAGGACCUCCAGCUAGGAAUUUCCGAAAGGCCGAGGCAUUCGUCAUGUCGGGCGACGUGCUCAUCUCGCGAAAUAGGAAUGUGUCAAGCACAUACGCAAAGCUCCUUGGCGAUCAACUACCCCCGGGGACAGCAGUCGUUUCCAACACCCCGCCAAACCAACUGUCACGUGCGUCCACAUCGGCUGGUGUCGCUUUCCCGUCGAUGCAACGAAGCGGGAGUAGCGCCGGAUCGAAGAUAUCGCGGCUCCCGGUAUCAACGAGUCAAAUUGAGCGAAAACUUUCGAGGAAGACGUCAGAAGACUCGCCGAGUGCCAUCAGAAUGCACAAAACGGCGCCGAUCGAACGGAUGGAGAGCACCGAUGUGGAGGAGGAGGAGGAGAGUGGCGAUUCUGGAGAGAUGGUGAUGGUGACGAUGACGGAAAUCACUACAGAUGAGAAGGAGAACGAGUCGAUGGAAGUGAGAAAUGAGCAGUUUGUUGUCGUCACCGAAGAGGUCAUAAAAUCUCCCAACGAGGAGAUCGUCAACAAGAGUCUUCGAAGUGGGAUGUUCACAAUGCCGUCGAGCAACAACAAUACCAGUUACUCGUACAACUCGUCGCCACAGCUCUCCGCUGAAUCUCCACACUUGAAGGGGGCUAAUGAAGAUGCUCCAGACGCUCCAGACUACGACGACGUCGUUGAAGAUGAGGCGGAUAGCUCGAAGCCGUCGAGAAGCAGCGAUAAGGACACACCAUCGAAGCGAUCGGUAGUGACAAUCGAUGCUCCUUCCUCGUUCGACGCAGAAGACGCCAAUCAUGCCUAUUAUAGUGCAAUCGAGACGACACCGAAGCACCACUCUUCACUUCGGAAGCAAAUCUUCUCAAAAACGAGCUCGGCGAGCCCAUCACUACACGCUGCAGAGGUCCGUAGCCCCUCUAGAAGCAUUCAAGACCAGGCGCCGAGCACCUCGAUGAGCUCAGUUGGAGGAGAUAGAGAGGCGUCGCAGGUGGCACGGAAGCUCUACGAACUGAAGACGUGCACGGCGAGUGAUGUGGCGGAUCGACUCAACGAGCAGAAUGAUUUCGCGUUCCUGGUACUCGUCAAGUAUCUGGAACUAUUCCAGUUCUCAACCACACGGAUCGAUGCGGCGCUCAGGGAAUUUUUGAGUCGAGUGGAGCUUCGUGGAGAGUCUUCUGCACGCGAACGUCUUCUUCGCGUCUUCUCAGCGAGAUAUUUGGAGUGUAAUCCAUCGAUUUUCGAUGGGUUGGAUGAAGUGCACACUCUCACAUGUGCUCUCUUACUUUUGAAUUCCGAUUUGCACGGACCGAAUACGGGAAAGAAGAUGACUGCGAGGGACUUCAUCACGAAUAUCGGACACACCGGGUGCUCAUUCAAACGGGAAAUGCUGAAGACGUUGUAUCAGAGUAUCAAGGAUAAUGCGAUAUCACUUCAACACUCGUCAGCGAGAAGUUCCGCUGCGUCGAGUGUCAAACAGCAGAGAGUUUAUGAGGUGGAUCCAGAUUCAGUCGUCGAGUAUCACAGCUCGUUUGUCAUGCGGAAAUAUGUCAGAGAGGCGGAUGGUGUGAAAACUCCAUUCGGUCGCCGCAGCUGGAAAAUGGUGUACGCUCGACUGCGUGGACUCGUUCUCUACUUUGACACCGAUGAGCAUCCGAGAGCGACGAGUCGAUACGCGUCCCUGGAAAACGCGGUGUCCCUCCAUCACGCGCUCGCCGAACCAGCGACAGACUACACGAAGAAGUCGUACGUCUUCCGAGUGCGGAUCGCUCACGGCGGAGAGAUUCUGUUCCAGACGAGCAACGAGACGGAUAUGAACGAAUGGUGUGGGAAGAUCAACUUUGUCGCCGCCGCCUUCUCCUCGCCAACACUCCCGCUUCCGGUGACGUCGAAACCGGAGACCGCGCCGAUGCCACGACUGCCACGUCUUCCGUGUUUGGCACCGAUCGAUAAGCAGUUGAAGACUCACGAAGCGCGGGUCGCCGAGUUGAGUGAAAUGAUCGAGAUCGUGAUGCAAUCGGUGUAUCCAGAGAGACCGCAGCGACAGAUUCUGGAUAGAUUAGUGUUGUUAGGAUUUGAGAAACGCCGCUACACGACGUACAUCAACGUUCUCCGUCAAAGCCUUCCCGAUCGAAAGGUCUCCUCCGCCACCACGAUGAACGUCGUCAUGUCACCGAAGCACCGUCUACAUCAUCAGAAUCCGAAGACGUCAACGACGACGACUACAAUUUGCGAGGAUCGUCUGAGUUACACGGACGCUGUCAACAGUGGUGGACAUUGA